CAGUCUCCCCUCUUCCCCUUCCCCCUCUGCUUCUCAUUUCUGCACAACUUCCCAGCUUCCAGAGAAGUUCUAGAGAGAGAGAGAGAGAGAAGAGAGAGAAACUGGAAGUUGAAGACUGAAACAACCAAACCCAACUUUUUUUUUUUCUUUUUCUGAUUCAAAUCUUGUUCUUUAGCUAAUUUCAAAUUUCCCCAAUUCCUACUGUUUUAUUUUUCCUCUUCUGGUAUUGGGUCUUCUUUGAUUCAAUGGUUAUGGUUUUUUGCUGAGAGAAGUUGUUCCGGGCAGCGUAAGAGAAUCUGGGCAGAAGAUGUCCUGGAAAAUUAAGCCCGAGCAAUCUUCCCGGAGCGUCGUUUCGCAGAGAUGGGCAGUUUUCCUCUGCCUGGGCAGCUUCUGUUUGGGGAUGCUCUUCACCAACAGGAUGUGGACUAUUCCCGAACCUAAAGGAAUCACUCGAACUACUACCGCGUUCGAAGCCGAAAAGUUGAAGUUAGUUUCAGAAGGUUGCGGUCCGAAAUCGUUGGAUGAGAAGGAAGUAAAGCGUGUGUCAAAGGACAUUUUUGGACAAGUCUCCAAGACUCACAAUGCCAUACAURCAUUAGAUAAAACCAUUUCGAAUUUGGAGAUGGAAUUGGCUGCUGCCAAGGCAGCACAGGAGUCUAUACAGAGUGGUUCACCUUCAUCAGACGAUCUAAAGAAUACCCAGUCAUCCGGGAAACGAAGAUAUUUGAUGGUUGUAGGGAUCAAUACUGCUUUUAGUAGCAGGAAAAGACGAGAUUCGGUUCGUGAGACGUGGAUGCCUCAAGGUGAAAAGAGAAAGAAACUGGAGGAGGAGAAGGGCAUUAUAAUUCGCUUCGUUAUCGGCCAUAGUGCCACAUCCGGAGGUAUCCUAGACAGAGCUAUUGAAGCAGAGGACAGAAAGCAUGGAGAUUUCCUUAGACUGGACCAUGUUGAAGGGUACCUUGAAUUGUCUGCCAAGACAAAGAUAUAUUUUGCUGCAGCAGUUGCAUUGUGGGAUGCGGAUUUCUAUGUCAAAGUUGACGACGAUGUUCAUGUAAAUAUAGCAACACUAGGUGAAACUCUGGUCAGACAUCGGUCGAAACAACGGGUUUACAUCGGAUGCAUGAAAUCUGGUCCUGUCCUGUCACAAAAGGGAGUUCGAUAUCAUGAACCCGAACACUGGAAGUUUGGCGAGGCAGGUAACAAGUAUUUUCGCCACGCUACAGGCCAGUUGUAUGCUAUUUCAAAGGAUUUAGCAACCUACAUUUCUAUAAACCAGCAUGUUCUCCACAAGUAUGCCAAUGAAGAUGUUUCCUUGGGAUCUUGGUUCAUUGGACUCGACGUGGAGCACAUCGACGACCGGAGACUUUGCUGUGGAACUCCGCCCGAUUGUGAAUGGAAGGCACAAGCAGGCAACAUCUGCGUCGCUUCGUUCGACUGGAGUUGCAGCGGGAUCUGCAGGUCUGCCGAGCGGAUUAAGGAAGUCCAUCGUCGAUGCGGAGAAGGCGAGAAUACAUUAUGGAGUGCCACCUUCUAAAAUGCAGCUCGCCUCACUUCUCCUUCCGAACUCGGGAAGGUCUUACGAGCCCGCAAGUUCGGUUUUUGUACCGGUAUAGAAUGUGUAUUGUAUUAUCACAGUACAGAGAGAGAGAGUAAAAAAAAAGAGGAGAGAGAAAAGAAAAGAGAGAAUGCUGUUCAUGGCAACUCAAUAUUAGCUCAAGAGAGUAUAGCCAGAGUAGCAGCUGAAAAAAAGCAAGAGAAAGGCGCCAAUACCACCAUUCUUUGUGGCUUUUAGAUCACCAUUCUGUCAGAAUUUCAUGGUAUUCAAGCCCAAAAUAAAUACAAUUGCAACUAAAAUUUUCAAAA